AUGUGGUCUGAAGGGCGAUAUGACUAUGAAAGAGUUCCAAGGGAACGUCUGCCUCCAAGGAUGCAUCCUAAUGCAACAACAAAAAUCCUGCUUUUUCAGCAAACAGGAAAUCAGACAAGUUUGCAUAGGGAUAAUUACCACAGAGUAGUAAACAUUGCACCGAAGAAACCACCACUGCUUGAAAGACCAGGUGAAGGGAAUUACAGUCGGUAUAAUGAUUACGGUCACGCUGAGUACAGAGACUAUGAAGAGGGUCGCAGUUUUGGCCAUGACCGAAGAAGUGGCCCUCCACACCGAGGUGUACAUAAGGAUGAAUCAGGAUACAGAUGGCCAAGGGAUGAUCAUCCUCUAAGUCGGCAGCCUGAAUACAGGGAUGCCAGAGAUGGCUUCAGAAGAAAAAGCUUCUAUCCAUCUCAUUACAUGAGAGAGCGAUCCCCUCAUAAGAGGGACUCUCCUCUCUUCAGGGAAUCACCAGGGAGCCGAAGGGAUUCUCCACACAGCAGAUCUGGCUCUAGUGUCAGCAGCAGGAGCUACUCUCCUGAAAGAAGCAAAUCCUAUCCUUUCCACCAGUCCCAGCAUAGCAGGAGUAAAGACAGGGCAUCAGGUCAAUCACUGAAAACAUCAAGAGAUGCAUCACCUUCAGGCUCCAUAGCAGUACCCUCAUCAAAGGCCUCAGAUAAGAGCAACAGACUAUCGGAAAAGGAGCUUGCAGAAGCUGCAAGCAAGUGGGCAGCUGAAAAGUCAGAGAAGGCCGAUGAAAGCAAUGUACCUGAAAUAGAGUAUGAUGCUGGAUCUUCAGCUCCAUUAUACAGCGAACAAACAGAGGAACCAGAAACAAAUGUAAUGGAUAGUACAGAAUUAUAUGAGGAUGGUCAGCUUCUUGGUCGCUCAAAAGCAAUUGCAACUAAGACGAAGGAGAUCGAACAG